GAUCGUCGUAGCCAAACGCACACCACGGCCGACGACGCACACUGCAACCUUAGCUUAUAGCUUAGCUCGUAAGCUCAUCACAACUCGUAUACCUAAUCAAGUGAUCAGCAAGAACUAGCUCGAUCGAUCGAUCGAUCAACUUGCAAGAAAAAGAUGGCCAGCAUGCAGGAGAAGAUGAUCAGGGAGGCAAUGGCGGCAAUGAACGGGCAGACCGCCGCCGACGUCGCCGUGAACCUCUACCCGUUCAUCCGCAAGUACACCGACGGCCGCGUCGAGCGGCUGCUGACGAGCUCCUACGUGCCGGCGUCGGAGGACGCCGGCAGGGGCAGGGGCGGCGUCGGUGUGGCGACGAGGGACGUCGUCGUCGAUCGUGACAACGGCGUGUCCGCGCGGCUGUUCCUCCCGUCCUCCGCGGCCACCGGCGGCGGCGGCGGUGGCAGGAGGCUACCCGUGGUGCUGUACUUCCACGGCGGCUCGUUCUGCACGGAGAGCGCCUUCUGCCGGACGUACCACCGGUACGCCAGCUCACUCGCGUCGCGCGCCGGGGCGCUCGUCGUGUCCGUCGAGUACCGCCUCGCGCCGGAGCACCCGAUACCCGCGGCGUACGACGACGCGUGGGCGGCGUUCCGGUGGGUGGAGUCCCUGUCCGACCCGUGGCUCGCGGAGUACGGCGACCUGCGACGGACGUUCGUCGCCGGCGACAGCGCCGGCGGCAACAUCGCCUACCACACGGUGGCACGCGCCGGCCGCGAGAACGUCGGCGGCGGCAUCCAGGGCCUGAUCAUGGUGCACCCAUUCUUCUGGGGGCCCGAGAGGCUGCCGUGCGAGACGGUCUGGGACGGCGCGUCGGUGUUCCCGGCGUUCGGCGUCGACUGGCUCUGGCCGUUCGUGACGGCCGGCCAGGCGGACAACGACGACCCCCGCAUCGACCCCGCCGACGACGAGCUCGCGUCCCUGCCCUGCCGCCGCGUGCUCAUGGCCGUGGCCGGGAGGGACACCCUGCGCGACCGCGGCCGCCGCCUCGCGUCCCGGAUGCGCGGCGACGUGACGGUGGUGGAGUCGGAGGGCGAGGACCACGGCUUCCACCUCUACAGCCCGCUGCGCGCCACCAGCAAGAGGCUCAUGCAGAGCAUCGUGCAGUUCAUCAACCAGCCGCCUAGCCCAUGCCCACCUCCGCCGGCGCCGGCGCCAUCGCCGGCGAUGAGGUGGCCGGCAACCAUUCUUCCAGAGUUCGACGAGUGGUCGUCGACGUACAGUGACGACACUGCCAAUUCCUCGCAGAUUCUUCUUGGCAUGCCUGCUAGGGCAUACAAGGCAAUAUUCGUUGAUAGGAUGGACAGGAAAGCUGCUAAGACUGGACGACUAAGCUCUAAUCCGACGGUUAAUGCGUCAUUAAGCAUUGGUCCCAGCGGGAAAGCAUCAAAGACAAGCUGCUACGGGAUGUCAUUUGGCCGGACCAGAGCUUACAAUUUCAGAGGGGUAGCAGCUGCAGGGAGCGGCCAGUGUCAGCCUCCCUUCCGUGGAGUGACGAUUUGAUGAGAUUACCGUCAGCUAGCCUGGCUAAUCUCUCCCAGAAGACGACGUGCAUUUCAUCGUGCCGUUCGAAGAAUAUAUAAUAGAAACAAUAAUAAUCUUAAUUAUGACAUGUUGACACUGUUCGAUAAAAGUGCCCUAUACAAAUAUACUGUCUUUCUUUUUUAUUUUUACGGAUUACUGAUUCACAUAUUUCUUGUGCUCGAUCUAAAAAUUUAAUCAAAGGAUAUGAUUUGUUACUUUCCUUA